AUGAAUACGCGGGGGAAAGGGAAACGCGCGGAGAGGUCGACGGAGGCCGCCCGCGACUCUACUACAGUACGACAGAGGCAGAACAUUCGCGCAGCGCUCAUUCAAACCGGUCGCAACGACACAGCCGUCUAUAGAUCAUCUCACGACGCCCCUUGGAUAUUACCGCGACGCCCCAGGGCGUCGCGACGCACAUUUAGUGGAGCCCUGGGCUAG